AUGGAAAAUCAGACCAUUUUGAAGGAUUUUUUUCUCUCGGGAUUAUCUGACCUCCCAGUUCUGCAGCCCCCUCUCUUCCUCUUCUUCCUCCUCAUCUACCUUCUGACAUUAAUCUGGAAUUUGCUGAUCAUUGUCCUCGUAGUCACCGACUCUCACCUCCACGUUCCUAUGUAUUUCUUCCUUGGGAACCUGGCCAGCAUAGACCUCUGUACUUCCUCGGUCACUGUCCCACGAAUGUUAUUUGACCUUCACACCAAGACGAAGAAGAUUACCAUAAAGUCAUGUAUAACCCAAGUCUUCUUCUUUAUGUCCUUUGGCAUGUUGGAGGCGUUUCUGUUGGCUGUCAUGUCCUAUGAUCGAUACACCGCCAUUUGUCAGCCAUUACAUUACACACAGAUCAUGAGUUGGAAAGUCUGUGUACAGUUGGCUUUAAGUGUGUUGAUUCUCAGUUUUAUCUAUUCUUUAGUCCACACACUCUAUGUCUUUAAAUUGACAUUUUGUGGAUCGGAUAUUAUAGAAAGUUUCUUCUGUGACCUUCCACAAUUGUUUCAGAUCUCCUGCAGUGACACCUUCAUCAACAUUCUGCUUGUCUAUCUUCUGGGUGGAAUUUUUGCAGGUGUGUCUCUAAUAAUGACCUUCCUGCCCUAUGUCUCUAUUAUCAAAACCGUUUUGAAAAUACAAACAAAAGGAAAAAGAAGUAAAGUUUUCUCCACAUGUACUUCUCACCUGACUGUGGUGUUUAUAUAUUAUGGCUGUGGUGUGUUUAAUUAUUUUCGACCAAAUACUAGCCAUCAUUCUACCGUUGACAAAGUGGUGUCAAUCUUUUAUACAGUGAUCCUUCCUCUCCUCAAUCCUCUCAUUUACAGUCUGAGGAACCAGGAUUUAAGAACAGCAUUACAAGAUGCUUUAAGGAAAGUCAUCCCCAUCUCAACAAAGAAUUCUUCCAAACGAAACCCCUUAUUCUUAGAUACUAAAAAUAUAUAGAAGCACCAUUCUUAAAAAUCU